AUGGCUGCAGAUGAAGAAGCCGCUCAUGAGCGAACUCACCUCCUUGCCCGUGAUCGUAGGUUGAGUUCGGUGGCUCAUGCGCCUGAAAUAUCGUCGCUUUUCAGCAAGGAUGAGCAGGCUCUCGGUGAAACUGCCGUCGGCGAACGCCUCCCAUAUAACGACUAUACCACGAUUGACUGGUUGCAUGAUCUGGUCAAAGACUCAUAUCGUUUUCGCACGAUUCACAAUCGAAAGGGUUUGCGAAACGCUCUUGUAUCGGCUUUCGACUCGUGUCAGGGGUGGAUUGCCGCUGCGCUGAUUGGGACGUUGACAGCGUGUGUGGCGUUCUUGGUGGACGUCGCUGUCGCCACUGUCAGCGACUGGAAGACAGGGUAUUGCUCGACCAAUUGGCUGGCAAGUCGAGAAAUGUGCUGUACUUCAAAGUCGCCUUUCAAUUCCUCCUCAGAAUCUUGUUCUGAUUGGAGGUUUUGGUCUUCAAACUAUUGGCACAGGUUUGGUGUCUAUGUCACACUUGCCAUACUGUUUGGAAUCAUCAGCAGCACUGUCACCCUGACGACCAAGAGGGCUCUUCCUGCCACUGCACCUGGGUCUGGAGAUAAAGGUCCCCCACAAGAGAACAACCGCGGCGAUGGAUCCGGUCCUGAAGAUACCGCCCCCAUGGGCAAGUCCAUCUACAUGGCUGCCGGCAGUGGUAUUCCCGAGAUCAAGACCAUUCUUUCAGGCUUUGUCAUUCCACACUUUCUCGACCUCAACGUCUUGAUCGUCAAGGCUGUGGGAUCGAUCUUUGCAGUGUCGACGGGGAUGUGUCUGGGGAAAGAAGGCCCAUUUGUGCACAUCUCCACGUGCGUAUCCUACCUCGUUGCCAUCCAGUUCCCAAAGUAUCGAGACAAUGGCCGGAAACUAAGAGAGAUGCUGUCUGCGGGUUGCUCAAGUGGCCUUUCGGUUGCUUUUGGAGCCCCGAUUGGAGGAGUACUUUUCUCGUACGAAGAGAUUUCGACCUACUUUCCUCGCAAGGUGCUGUGGAGAGCGUUCAUCUGUUCGAUGUUUGCUGCCAUGACCCUCAAGGCACUCAACCCAACCGGUACAGGCAAACUGGUUCUUUUUGAGACAAACUAUGGAACCACAUAUCAACCAUAUCACUAUGUUGUCUUUGUGCUUCUCGGUAUCGCGGGCGGUAUCUUUGGUGGAGUCUUCUGCAAGGCAAACUUCUUCUGGUCACGGAACUUUCGCAAGUAUAGCAUAAUCAAGAACUAUCCAGUUUUGGAGGUGUUCUUGGUCGUGCUUGCUACAGCAUUGCUCCAGUAUCCAAACCCUCUGACUCGAGAACCUGGCGAUGUCAUCAUCAAGAACCUGCUUGUUGACUGCGGGGACCACUCCAGGAGGGAGUAUGUCUGUGUGCAGGAAGGCCACGCCGAGCCGACGCCAGAAUAUCUCGGGUGGCUAGCGUAUGGAACCUUGGUGAAACUGAUCCUCACCAUCGUCACAUUUGGAAUCAAAGUCCCGUCCGGAAUCAUUAUUCCUGCACUAGAUGGAGGGGCAUUCUUUGGUCGUUUGAUUGGGCAACUCCCGUUCCUCGCUGGCAGCAUAUCGCCUGGCAUUUUUGCCAUGGUGGGGGCUGGGGCAUUUUUGGCUGGAGUCAGUCGUAUGACCAUCUCAUUGGCCGUGAUAAUGUUCGAGCUCACAGGAGAAUUGGAGUUUAUCGUGCCUAACAUGAUAGGGAUCAUGGUGGCCAAGUGGGUUGCGGAUGCAUUGGAGCACAAUGGGGUUUACGACCUUGCUCAGACGGUGCUAGGACAUCCUUUCCUGGACCUGGAUCAUAGCAUCAAGCUAGUGCAAAAGGACGUGUACCUAGUCGAGGAACUGAUACCUCCAGCGCAGACCAUGCGAGAGAUCACGGUCGAAGUGCCUCGAAGUGGAGUGGUUCCGAUGGCCAUACUCAAAGAGAAGCUCCAUCAGCUCCAAAGACGUGGACUCAUGGACGCUGGACUUGUCUUGACGCAACAGGGAUUGCUUCAAGGCUAUCUGGCGGAGGGAGAACUGGAGUUUGGUCUGGAUACCUUGGGUGAGGGCUUUGGUCAAGGAGGCCAAGUUCGACUUCUGCAGGCCGAGCCAAACAUGAUUGAUCAACCCGCACAGGACGAGCUGGAUAUGUCACACUUCAUAGAUCGGACGCCCCUCUCGAUCUGUGCAAAGGCUCCAAUGGAGUAUGCGGUGGAAAUGUUUGGCAAGCUAGGGUUGAGAUACUUGUGCGUGACCGAAGCGGGGAGUUGUCGACUGGUAGGGGUAAUCAUCAAGAAACGCCUGGUGGUUUGGCUCGAAGAACGACAACCCUGACACCAUGGUUUGAAUGUGACGCCAGGCGAAUGUUCAAUAGCGAUUCGAGUGAGACUAUACAUCAG